UCGUCCGCCGCCCCCAUGCAUCCCUUCUACACCAGGGCCGCCACCAUGAUAGGCGAGAUCGCUGCCGCGGUGUCCUUCAUCUCCAAGUUCCUCCGCACCAAGGGGCUCACGAGCAAGCGGCAGCUGCAGACCUUCAGCCAGAGCCUGCAGGAACUGCUGGCAGAACAUUACAAACAUCACUGGUUCCCAGAAAAGCCGUGCAAGGGAUCAGGUUACCGCUGCAUCCGCAUCAACCAUAAGAUGGACCCUCUGAUUGGACAGGCAGCCCAGCGGAUUGGAUUUAGCAGUCAGGAGCUGUUCAGGCUUCUCCCAAGCGAACUCACACUCUGGGUGGACCCCUACGAAGUGUCCUACCGGAUUGGAGAGGACGGCUCCAUCUGUGUGCUGUACGAGGCCUCGCCAGCAGGAGGCAGCACUCCGAACACCAGCGGGAACGUGCAAAUGGUAGACAGCAGGAUCAGCUGUAAGGAGGAACUUCUCUUGGGCAGAACAAGCCCUUCCAAAAACUACAAUAUGAUGACUGUAUCAGGUUAAGACACAUUCUAUGGAUGGAUCAUCUUAUAAUGGAUGAAUAAAUUUGAUUUUUUGCUUUGGGUGGGCUCCUCUUGGGGAUGGAUUAUGGAAUUUAAACCAUGUCACAG